CUUAUCCAUUUAUCAGCAUGCAUCGACAAGUGCAUUGAAACCACACAAUUGAACAAUAACCAUUCACCGUCGGUAGUGGGGCCAUAGUCCAUCGCCACCUUACCAUUACUCAGUACCACUCACAGGAACCAUGACUCAAGACGCCUCCACGCGUCAAUUCUGUGCCGAAAUCCUCAACGAAACCGCCGAAACCCGCACCGAAGCCCUCACAACCCUCAAACAAUGGGCCUCCAACAACCCCCAACUCCACAUCAACGCCGACGACGACUCCCUCAUCCCCUUUCUGCGGGGCUGCAAGUUCGAUAUACCCCGAACCCAGAAAAAGCUCACCGACUACUAUACCAUGAAAAGAGACAUCCCGGAGUGGUACGCCAAUCGCGAUCCCACCCUGCCCCAAAUCCAGGACCUAGUGAAACUCGGAGUUUUUGUUCCGUUGAAAGACCACCACGAGAAUCAGCUGGUCGUGAUUAUUAGAACAGCGGCGCAUAAUCCGAGCAUCCAUAAACAAGAUGAUGUGUUCAAGGCGGGAAAUAUGGUUCUGGAUGUGGCGACGAAGGACGAUGAAAUGGCGCAGAUUUAUGGGAUUAUUGCGAUUUUUGAUAUGACGGGGGUGGGGCUGGGGCAUGCGAGGCAGAUGACACCUGGGAUUAUUAAGAAAGCGGUGAGGUCGUGGCAGAAUUAUCAUUGUAGACCGAAGAGGUUGGAGUUUAUUAAUGCGCCGGUUUAUAUUAACGUGGUUUUGAGCAUCUUCAAAGGGUUUAUGAGUGACAAGUUGAAAAGCAGGGUUCAGGUGCAUUAUACGAAUUAUAAGAUUGUCCCUAAGGAGAUCUUGCCCAAGGAGUAUGGGGGUGACGGUGAGAGUUUGGAGGACAUUAUCAACUAUUGGCACGGGAAAUUGCUAGAGAAUGUGAAGUGGUUUGACGAAGAUGAGAAAUUUAGAGCCGAAUGACCAACCAAAAAUAUUAGAUCAAAUUUCGUUUUUGUGGUUUAUUUUUUGCUGUAUGUAUUUGUUUGUAACGUAUUAUUUAUUUGUCUUUUUUUUAAUAAAACAAUAUUUUUAUGUUGUCA